AUGGCCAACCAAUCACCGCUAAAAAUCGCCAUCCUGAUCAACACCCCUCCGGGCAACGAAUUCCGGCACGAUGUACGAAAUUCAUACACCGAAAUAUUCAGAAUCAUGGCCCCAAAAGCUCACUUGAGGUUCUUCGACCCCGUGUUUGCAAAUGAAUUCCCUGAUCCCAAAAUGAACCCUUACGACUUCCUAGUUCUCAGCGGUGGCAAAGCCGAUGCUUCCUCCGAAGAGCCGUGGGUCCUCGGCGUUCUUCACUUUGUUCGAAGAACAGUAUGCGAGACUACAAAGACAAAGCUUUUAGGCAUCUGCUGGGGUCAUCAGGCAAUUGCACGAGCCUUGGGUGGGGAGGUUCAACCAGUGCCAACGGGCCCAAUAGCAGCCGUUCAAGAUAUCCGGUUGACCUAUGCGGGACGAAAGUUCUUUGGCUAUGCUGCUGAAGCGGGAUAUUAUACAGCUCCCGAGUUUCAUAUCCGUGAGGCCGCAAAACCAGCUCCGGGGUUCAUCCACUUAGCAGAGAACCAUGAGUGCUUUUUGAACGCGACCGGUACAGUCUUGACCUUUCAGGCGCACCCCGAGGUUCAAAGUGGACUUGCUAGGAAGAUGUUGUUGGAGGAAGACGACGUGUACAAUGGAAACUCCACCAAGGAGCAACUGGAGGAGGAGCUUAGAAAGCUGAUGCAGCCCACGGAUGGAAUUCGGCUUAUGGAGAGGGUUGUUCAAUGGAUCAGGGAAUAA